ACAUAGUUAAAAUGUCUAUAUUUGUAACUUUUUUUGCGUUUGCUCUUUUUGUGGUUGCUAUUCCUUUAGCAACAGCUGACGUAGUAGACAAGCCAGCAGAAACAGAAGAAUGUCUUAAAAUAUCUGGCGCUUCGGAAGCCAACGUCUUUGCUCGUCCUCGCAAAAUGGAUCCAGAAAUUCAAUGUUUCUGGAAAUGCGUUCUAGAGAAAAAAGGCGUCAUCAGUCCUGAUGGAGUUUUCAACAUAGACUUAUUCGAUAAAGGUUUUCCAAAAGCUGCCGCUAGUCUCGGUGAAGAUAAGAUAGCCAUGGUGAAAAAAUGUUUUGGAACAGUUGGAAAAAUUAAAACUUGUGAUGAUAUGAGUCAAAUUCGGCAGUGUUUUACGUCUGUUGUUAAAGCUUAAACAACUAUUGUGUAGAUUAAAAAUUUUAGAAUGUUGGUAAAAUAAUAAAAGACUUAUUUGAAUUUUGG